AGUAAUGUCUCGAACGGGCCUCGUGAUCGCUUUUGCCUUCCUUUGUGCGGUUUUGAUCGCACAGAGCGAAUGCAGGAAUCUAGCUUUGACUGGCGGAAUUUCAAGCAUUUUUAACACACCUUUUCGAGUGGUUGGAAAGCGAAGUGAUUCGUUCGGAGCAAAUGAACCAACCGCGAUGGACUCUUCACUCGAUGCGCCUGUCUAUCAACUGUACUAA